AACGAUGAUUUGUUUGUGGGUGCUUAUCCUUUUGCCGUAAGUGUACAACAAGCAAUGAGAAUUACUUUAAAACACGACUCCACUGCGCAUUUUCCUUUAUACCUCCCCCUACUCCAUGCCCCUCACAACAACACUUCGUUUGCUUCCCCACAACCACCCAAUAAUGUUUCCGGCGCAUAAGCGACAGCGCCGCACCGCUACCAGUGUCCUCGCUGGCGAUUUCGAUCUUCGUCCUCCCCGGGACGUGCUUACUAGCCUCCUCAAUGGCAUAGCACCUUACAAGGAGGUCGAGAAAGAGGAAGAGACGCGUAGACAUAAAAAGAAAGAGAAGAGGGAACGCUUAAAGGAGAGACAAAGGACAAAGGCCACCUCCAAGGUCCCAGAGAAACCUAUCAAAGUGGAGAGCGCCACUGCGCCUCCACCGGCGCCCACCGUAGCGGUCCAGUCGAUCAGUGCGCCCGUCAUGCAGCCCUCCUCCUUCUGGCGCGCCCACGGGACGAGUUACCGGCCUACUAUACACAUUGCCACUAUGCAGCGCUCUGUGUCCGUUACACCGCCCCCAAUGCCAUCAUCCCCACAGUCUACCCCCGGACCGUCAAUUUCUUCCGCCACAUCCCGUACAUCAUCAAAGCGCCCCCGCACCCCGGCGGAUGACUACCCCGAUUCUGAGACCAUGAGUCACUACAGAAACGCCCAGCCACGAAAGAAGAGAAUUGCAGUGAAGAAGGGUUGGAAGGGUUGGGUGGAGGGUUCCCCGCCGCCGUCCGAGAAGCUCAUCAAUUUAGACGCAGUUCCUGUGCUGCAGGAGAGACGCACACGCAGUGGCAAAAGCUUCGACGCAAUAGGUGUUGGAAAGGAUGGUUGGGUAUAAAUGCUCCUCGCAUACAGCAUCAUACCCCUGCCCUUCUCAUCGCGAUGCCCUUUGGAAAUACACUGAUACCAGCCACCACAGCUGGCUUCCUACACCUUUACCCCGCUCGUCCCAAUAACUAUAGCUACAGUAUAUGCAAACAUAUAUCAUUUUGGUCCUAGUUCU